AUGGCGAAUUCAGCUCUGCGGCCGCUUUCGCGGGCUGUCUUGACUGCUCCCUCGGUUCUUAGUACGACUGCGAUGCGUGCUCCGCCUCGACAGCUUCGAUGCCUUCUUGAUUCUCGAUCCAUCUUGCCCUCUACCCCGCUCUCCCAGGUCCGACACAGCUCGUAUCACUCGCCCGAACCGUCUACCAAUACUCGCAAGAAGGUUACCAUGCAGACGUUAAAGAACUUGUAUAAGAAGGGGGAGCCGAUUGCUAUGAUCACGGCGCAUGAUUUCCCUAGUUCUCAUGUUGCCGAGGCGGCGGGAGUUGAUGUCGUGCUGGUUGGGGAUAGUUUGGGGAUGGUGGCGAUGGGGCUGGAGAACACAACCGAGAUGGUUAUGGAGGAAAUGAUUUUGCAUUGUCGGAGUGUGGCCCGUGGUGCGAAGAGCUCGUUUAUUGUUGGUGAUCUGCCCAUGGGGUCAUAUGAGGUGAGCUCAGAGCAAGCCGUGCAGUCGUCCAUUCGUCUUGUCAAGGAGGGCCAUGUUCAUGCAGUGAAGAUUGAAGGUGGUGAGGAGUUGGGCCCGACUAUCAAGCGCAUUACUCAGGCUGGAAUUCCGGUCGUUGGCCAUAUUGGCCUCACACCCCAACGGCAGAAUGCGCUCGGUGGUUUCCGAGUCCAGGGCAAGACAUGCAAGGGUGCGUUGCAGCUUCUGCAGGACGCUAUGGUUAUGCAAGAAGCUGGUGUCUUCAUGUUCGUUCUUGAGGCAAUGCCCUCGGAGGUUGCAACCUUGAUCACCUCGAAACUCAAGGUUCCCACGAUAGGCAUCGGCGCCGGCAACGGUUGCUCCGGCCAAGUGCUUGUCCAGAUUGACAUGACCGGCAACUUUGAGCCCGGUCGGUUCGUGCCAAAAUUCGUCAAGCAGUACGCCGAUGUUUGGAGUGAAGCGGCCCGCGGGAUCACGCAAUACCGCGACGAAGUCAAAAGCCGCGCUUUCCCUUCGAAAGAAUACACCUAUCCGAUUUCGAAGGAGGAGCUAGCGGAAUUUGAGAAGGCGGUUGAGGAGAUGGAUCGCAAGUAA